UUGUACCCAGUUGGUAGAUCCUCUUCGAAGGAUUCAAAGUUUGCUUCUUCUUUUUCUUUCGUUCUUCGGGAUCUUUUGCGGUUCUUAGUUUCUUUCACCAGGAAGAGAAAAACCGAUGGAAGUCGAUACGUGCAUUAGUUGACGUAGGAUGUUCUCUUUGGGCAUCUAGGUUCUUGCGUAAUCGUUGCAGGAGUUCAGAGACCGGAACAGCGGAAUUGAUCGCCGGAUUGUUCUUGUGGGGGCAGUUGAAAAUGAGUAUGUACAUUCGUGUUAAGCGGAGUAAGACGACUUACUUUAUCCAGUGUGAACCGACUGAGACAAUUCUUAAUGUCAAGGAGAAACUGCAAAACCUCAUAGACCAACCUGCUAAUGAUCAACGUUUGAUCUUGGUAGGGACUGGGGAGGUGCUGGAGGAUUCAAAAUCACUAGCAGAUCAAAAGGUUGAAAACGAUGCCGUGGUUGCACUGACCUUGAGGAAAGGUUGUUUCUUGUUCUUGAUUUCCUCUUACUCUAUCAACUUGUAUGUUCUCAGCCCCUGCUAUUUUCCAGGCUUAUGAUUUUUAUGACAAUGAGUUCGAGGAAGUGAACAUUGUUCGGCCGACCGAUUUUUACCAAUCUCUCGAUGGAGAUGGAAGCAAAUGGUGAAUUCAGUGGACACUCUUAUCUAAGCACUGUAUCAAAGUUUCCUCACUCAUAUGAGGAAUUGUGAGAACUUAAAGAAGAUCAUGCGCUUGAGAGACCCAGCGAUCAUAAGACGGUGAAGAAUUGUUCGAAAGUACGACAUUUAUUUGCUCGUCGGCAUGUCAGAUAAUCUUGAGUUCAUUCGAUUUUUUUAUCACUACGCUCUCUGUUGAGGGUUGCACGAGUUCUGUUUGGAGAAUGCAUGCACCAUUAAUAUCAUUUCACGUCAA